AUGGGUAUCGCCGAGGACUGCUGUACCAAGGUAGCUGCGAAAAUUCAUGUCGAUCAGUUCAUCGACUGUAUCGCUCAGAACUGCCCUCGUCUAACGCGAUUAGAAAUUCGCUGGGAUGACGAUACGCUGAGGUUCUCCGACAAAUCAAGGCGCUUCUUCAGUAAAUUCAUCGAUGUUCUGCGUAUGAAGUGUCUGAAACUGCACUCGAUAGUGCUCAGCGAUGGCCAAUACUACGAAUUGGUGCGCUCGAAUUUCGAGCGAGCCGAUCGUAUGAGUGUUGUGAGGUCUGUGCACUUUGCUAUCGUUUUCCGUCUUACUAUUUGA